CUUCAUUAUGUAUGCGAAUAACAUUAUACUCUAUGACCUGGUAAUCCCGUCUCACCUGGUCUUGCACUGUGCAUAUUGUCUCUUGCUUUUCAUGUCUGUCCUGCUAUAAACUUCCCUCACCCCUCUUGUCAGUGAUAGAGAGUUCCUUGGUCGAGGUGUCACAAUGAGGGGCCGUCGAUAUGCCCGACGUUUCUUUAAAACUUGAGGCUCUGAAGCUAUCAUGCCCAGAAGAAAGAAUAAAGCUUCUCGUGACGUCGUCAGCCGCAUUCCGGCCUCAAGAUGACCGUUUUCGGCGGGUGCGUUCUGAUGAGCUCCUACAUAUGAUGGAGAGUGGGAAGGUCUGUAUCAGCCGAGGACCAGGCUGCGACCUUGGAUUCGGGUUUUCAUUCAAGAACUUGCAAUCAAAUGGGCUUGCUGAGAAAGCUCUGGUCGAACAGCUUCGCCGAUUUGUUCUUGGAGCACCCUGGUGGGAACAACUCCCAGUUUCUCCUUCUCUCAAUUUUUCUUCUCCCAUAUGCCCUGAUGUGGGACCAACGUUUUCUAUCAAGUUACAUGACACUUUACCAAGUCUACAUUCAAAUGGGCAUCCGAAUCCAGAAGAAUCCCCAAUCGCCGAUCUACAUGUCCCGGAAUACGUUCCAGACAUCAGGCUUAUGGGAAUCAAGCUCUUCUUUACCUUUGAGCCUACAUGCGAUACUCCACUGCCAAUACUAACAAAAGAAACUGCAACAGAAGAUGACAUGCUUUUCGAAGAUGGCUGCGAGAGUGAUCCAGACCUGUUUGAAGAUAUCAUGGACUUGGAAGCAUUUGAUUCUUCGACGCCUCGCCACGAAGCCCCAUUUGAUGCCAGCUCCGUAUUGGAAGGCAAGUCAUGGGAGGAUCACGGUUUUGUCGAAGACCAAUACUAUGCUGAUGGAUACGAUAAUACAUUGCUAUACCGAACUGAUCACAGCAGCGUCCAUCUACCGACUCCCGAAGCAUCUAUGACUUUCAAUAACCAACAGGACACAAGCAUGCUUGAUUCCACAGAUGAUUCCUCAAAUAACCUCAUUACCGAAUCCUCGUUAAAUUUAGCAACGGCAAAGCAAUUAACGGAUGUGGCACUCAGGACUUUGCUUGGUGGGCGACAGACGAAAUUUACGCCAAACAUCAAGGUCCGCAAGCCACGUCCGAAGCGCCCUCUAUCAAGCAUUAUGCCUCUAAUAUGGAGUCCAGGCUUCAAAAAUGCCAUUUACGAACGCUCUGCCUUCAUAAACACCAUCUCAAGCACCCUCUCCUCCCUCUCCAAAACCAGUCAACUCCCAAGCCUCCAAAAGAAACUUUCCACCAUCCACGAAAACUCCCCAGCCCGGUUUGCCCAAACGCACCCUCCCCGACUGAACCAAACACUCCAAGCCCACGUGUUCCGAAUGAUGCAGACCACCCUCUACGAACCGAUCGCAAGCCGCCGUCUUCGACCCAGUGUUAUUGAGGAAAGUGGGGAAGAGGAAACGAGAAGCGGGCCUGCUAGUCGGGAUCGUGAGGAUAGUGGACCGGCUCGGGUGGACAUCGAGAAUGCGUCGGAGGAGGUGGUGGAUGCGGAUGAAGGAUUUGAGGAUUUGUUUGGAGAGGAGUUGUUGUCGGAUGGAGAGAUGGAUAUGCUCUUCGAUCUUGAGAUUCUGCGGAAUCGGGGAGAGGGGGGGAGUUGUAGUAUGCUUUUUGGGAGUGGAGGAGGGGACUCAAGUAUGCUGAUGAAGGGCGAAGAAGUGCAUGAAGACGGUACCAGAGAUGCUGGAGAAGAGGACAGCAUAUUUUCAACUGGGGAUUUCGAACGGAGAGAUGGAGACGAGCAUAUCUUAUACGAGCGCGAAUCUUGGGAGUCAAGCAUUGUGGAGGAAGAGCUGGAAGAAGAUGCAGAGAUGAUAAUGGACACCGAACCAGACACAGUCCAUGGCUAUAGCUCAAUGUAUUUAGACGAUCCGUAUAUAAAUAAUGAAGCAAUCCUCAUUUGA